AUGACAAAAAGAGUCGUAAAACGUCACAUGACGCGCGGUGCAUUGGGCGUCGAAAGCGGCAGCAAAGACCGCCUGAAACGGCGUCAGAUGUCCAGGAGUCUAGAGUUGAUACUUACUCCCUUUUACCCUAGAAAAAGGAGCGGUCCAUCCGGAACCUCUUUCCUUGAUCUUCCGUCGAAGCUCCGACAAUACGUAUACCUAGAGACAGGUCUCGCCCAAGGCGCAUUAUUUCACCUCAAUAAUCCUCGCCCAAAACGGGAUGAUUUGGAUUACCACGAUGAUUCCUUGCCAACUAGACCAGAUUGGGAUAUUGAAGACGACUGCAAAGGAAGUCUCAUCGCCAACAACCUCCUUCUUGUCUCUCGCACCGUGUCCAAGGAAGUUUCCCAUCUCUUUUACUCUGGAAACAGGUUCCGGAUUCACUACACCGAGGAUUACGGCCUCCAUAGACUGUUAAACCUCAGCGAUAAAGCUUUCAACUCCAUGACAUAUCUAGCAACCCUCCUCAACAGCUGUCCCGCUGGCUACGAUAUCGAUGGAGUUUGCUGUUCGAAGAAUGGACACCAAUGUAUCCGUCAUCGUCCAUGCAAACACAUGCACCAGAAGCCUCUCAAUAAUACAUCGAGACGGGACCAAAGGGUUAUUGCGCAAUGGCAGCAGACCGAGAAGCGCAUCGCAGCCUCUAUCCAGCCAUCUCACAUGAGCCUCUAUCUCAUCUGCGAGGUGGUCAAUCUUCAAACCGCCCAGAAAAUUGCUCAACCCUUCUUCGAGAUGCCAUCGUUGAAGAAUUGCGGAAUCCGGCUAGGUCGGCCGAUUGAUCAAUUUGACUCCCACUUCCGGUAUCAAGAUUUGCCCAAAGAGAUCCGACUGCUGAGAUGGAUGGUAGCCAGAAAUGCAUUCGCCCUUCUGCUCUGCCCUAUGCGGUGCACCAAAUCAGGACAGGGAUGUUUUUGCUCCCGCAAGCACGCGGCGGCCUCGACGGACUGCCGCUAUUUCCACAACCCAUCCGCCAUCUUUCAGGUCUGCCGAAGCACGAGAGAGGAGAGUUUGCGGGUAUUCUGCUCCAAAAGCCACUUCGUCAUCAGACCACGUCGAGGCUUCUUGAGCAUCGCCGAUGUCACGUACAAUGUCCCGGAAGUUCACCUUUUCCUCGCACGAACACGAGAUGGAUUGCCAUACCUACAAUCCCUUGAGAUCGCAUUCCCGCCUGUUCUGGAAAGCUACUUCGAUCUACAAGAGGAGGGUCUUCAGGCAUGGAUCGACGCCCUCAAGCUGCUUGAGACUGAAGCCAUGUUGCCAAACCUGACGAUCAAAAUCCACAUGUUCCGGACACCAGGCGAGUUGUUUCAGCUCAAUCGCUUAACGCACAUUCCGGGCUUCGAAGAGAAGGCCUUUACGUUGGUCAAUCAGGUUGUAGGCCCAACUACCCGGCUUCAGGGGCUGAAGGAUUGUUUUGUACUGGGAAUGGCCUUAUGA